UAUAUUAAUCCUGGAUACACUACCACUUGAAUGUCAUCUAUGCAGGGAGAAGGAGUCACCUGGAUGUGAACCCGUUGGUGGGAAGAUGAUAGCCAACUCAAUAAUAAAGAAUUGCCGUUAAAGUACUACAGUACUGUGUAUUGCUGUACGAGGAUUCACACUGGUAGCCAGAUGACCAAGGGGAACAAAGUCGACCGACUUGCGCCACUAGAGCAUGAAUCGUCACGAAUCAUAAAUUAAGGAAGUGCGAGAACCGUAGGAGAGUUUCCAAGCGGUUGUUGCGUCCAUGGCUGUUACGUGGUUGAAUAAAUCCCCAGGUAUUCUUGUGCAGUAUUACCAGUGUAGAGGUAACUGUGAUGUGGUGCUUCCGAAUGGUAGGAGCGCUCUUCCUACGGGUGCUGUAAGUGAAUUCAAGUGUCAUGAUCGUCGGAAUUCUAGAUUGGUUGAACGCAUGUGGCGCAGACAUAGUUCGUUAUACCUAUGAUUCCAUGGAACGACCCGCUGCACGAAGAUUGCGUACAGUACCUUGCGUUUUCCGAAGCAAUGGAGGACAGCGAAUGAGUGCCAUGAGUUUCUCUGCCGGCUGAAUUUUUGACAUUGAAUUUGUCGCCUGCUACUUCGCAAGCUUUUAUUCUAACUCCCGACUUCCUGUUGCAGUUCUGCCAAUUUACAAAAGAGGCUUUAAAAAAUGUCGAGCCGUUCUAAAAUAUUGUAUCUGUUUGACGUCGACGGAACUCUGACGAGAGCAAGACAACGUAUGUCAGCUGAAAUGAUGGCGAUUAUGGAAUCUCUGCGGAAGCAUGUCUUCGUUGGGGUGGUUAGCGGGUCGAAUUUUCCCAAACUCGUGGAACAGAUAGCUGGGUCGGACUCAGAAAUAAGCGAUCUCUCGGGCUACGACUAUAUUUUCGCCGAGAAUGGGUUGGACGCUUACUGUAGAGGAGAGCUAAUUGGCAGACAGAACAUCAUCAAUCACUGUGGGGAGGAUCUAUUGCAAGAGCUGCUGAAUUUUUCAUUGAAAUACAUGUCGGAGUUGAUUCUUCCAAAAAAGCGGGGAACGUUCGUGGAGUUCAGAAACGGAAUGAUCAAUCUUAGUCCUAUAGGUAGAUCUUGCUCUCAGAUAGAGCGAGAUGAGUUCGUGCUCUACGAUAAGGAAAACAAUAUCAGGUCGAAAUUUUUAUCUGCUCUGAAAGAACGUUUUCCGGAGACAGUCGGUCUUGAGUUCGCCAUCGGAGGAGAAAUUAGUAUUGACGUAUUUCCGAAGGGAUGGGACAAAACUUAUUGUUUGAAAUAUGUCGAAGAUGUGAACUUCGACGCCAUUCACUUUUUUGGAGACAGAGUGACUCCUGGUGGAAAUGACCACAGGAUUUUCGAAGAUCCAAGAACCGUAGGCCACGCCGUGAAAGAUCCGAAUGACACGAUCGCUCAGCUGCUACAAUUGUUACCCCACUUGCGAAGUGAAAUUACGAUUAGUAAUUGCACCGGUUUUUCUGUGCCCAAUUUUGGUUCGAAAUGGCGCCAAAUGCGGAACGGCGGUUUCCUAUUCCAUCGCCAUGCCAAAUGGCUCGUGAUGGUAUUCGUGCAAUCCUUUUUGGUCCUCCGGGUUCGGGGAAAGGCGGUAGAUUUGAUUAAAAAGUACGAUGUGUGCCAUCUAUCAACCGGCGACAUGUUGCGAGAUGAAGUCAAGUCAGGAAGCGAAUUGGGUUCGAAACUCAAGGAAAUCAUGGAGGCAGGUGCUCUGGCCCCAGACGAUUUGGUUGUGGAAUUGGUGAACACUAAUUUAGACCGCCCGGCGUGUGCGAAGGGGUUCCUUUUGGAUGGAUUCCCGAGGACGCUGGUUCAGGCAGAAAAAUUGGAUAAUUUGUUGGAGAAACGCAAGGAACAACUUGAUGCGGUAAUAUCGUUCGACAUUGCGCACGACUUGCUGGUUCGUCGCAUCACGGGAAGGCUCAUCCAUCCACCUUCCGGGCGCACUUAUCACGAAGAAUUCAGCCCACCGAAGAAGGAAAUGACCGAUGAUGUUACGGGUGAGCCGCUCAUCAAGCGUUCUGAUGAUAACCCGACGACGCUCAGAAAGCGUCUGGAAUCUGGUGCCGCUCAUGAAAAACCAUUGCUUGAUUUUUAUGGAAAGAAAGGUCUCUUGGUCCGCAUCGAUGCCACUAAGAAAGCGGAUGCAAUUUUCGCCGAGAUCACAUCAAUGUUCGACGAAAAGAAAAAAGACAAGGUGGUCUUUGUUUAG